CGUGACAGAUUGAGGGCAUCUAGCUUAGAUUGUAGGACAGUGUACAGUGUAUAUUACAGUGUACUGCAGUUAUACUGUACUCUGACUGCAAUCUUUUUUUGUAUGGGUUCAACAGAUGAACCGCACUUCAGAAAGCAGUGACUCCUGCACCCGUCUGCUGUUCCUUGGUCACCGGUAUGUUCGCUGCGGCGACUAAGAACUUUGUGAAGCAGGUGGGAGACACAGGUCGGUUGAUCCCUGUACCGAGCCUGAGUGAGGCUGACCGCUACCAACCCCUCAGCCUGGUCACCAGGAAGAGGAAGAGACACUUCUGGAAGAAAACCAAGUACGCCUCAACCCCCUUCUCCCUGAAAGACAUCCUGGUGGGGGAGAAGGAGAUCACAGCAGGGGUGUCGUCGUACCAGCUCCUGAACUAUGAGGACAAGUCUGACGUGGCCCUGAACGGCAGAUUAGGGAAUCACCUGAUGAACGACGUGGGGUUCAACAUCAGUGGUUCAGACUCUGUGGCUGUCAAAGCCUCCUUUGGGAUCGUCACCAAACACGAGGUAGAGGUCCCAACUCUGCUCAGGGAACUCAACUCCAGGAAAGUGGAUCUGGAUCACUGUCUGAUUCGUCAGUCCAAAGAAAGUGGGCGGAGUGUUCUCUGCAUUGUCAUGGAGAGCAUCCGUACGACGCGUCAGUGUUCUCUCACUGUCCACGCUGGCAUGAGACGGACGACUAUGAGGUUUCAGAUUGAUGAUGGUCAAAACCCCAAAGGUCGAGACAAGGCCAUAGUGAUCCCAGCUCACACCACCAUCGCAUUCAGCAUCUUUGAACUGUUUGUUCGAUUGGAUGGACGACUUGACGACAGGACGUUUGAGGAGCUCACCCACACCCACUCAGACACCUACAUGGACGACGUAGUGACAGACUACUAUGAAAAGGCAGCCAGCAUGACGGACGUCUCCUCCACCUACCUGAGAGGGGACUCCCACUCCCGUGUCAACCUCCUCAACCACAACAUCCCCAAGGGCCCCUGUGCCCUGUGUGGCCGGGGCCAGACACCGAGGGAGACGGUAUACGGCUGUCUGGAGUGCUCCUCCGGCGGGCACAAGUACGUCAGGCUACACGUGGUGCCUUGUUUCGACCUGUGGCACAAGACGCUCAGCUGAAGAGAUGGACUCAGGAAGAGAGAGGGAGGAAGAGAGAGAGGUCAUCCCUGAUUAGGCAUACAGUACCUAACUAAUAGCCCUGUGCCAUACUGACAGUCAGAAAACUGGGUCUGGCCAAUGUCUGUAGUACUGUAUCUUAUUUGGAGCUGCCCUCCACUCCCCCUCAAUGGAUCCUCCCAAGUGACUCCCUCCGUUAGUCUACAUUAGUCUCUACUCUAUUCCAUCUCUAUUCCAACUAUUUCAUCUACACUUGACCUUGUUUUGGCCUCAUUCUGCUGGUUUCAAAGUGUGUCAUCAGGUCUUUUGGGUCAUCACCUGACGUUCAGUGUUUGUAGUGGGGUGUUUUGACCUCAUCAGGUCAGUGGGACAUUGUAAUGGUGAAAAGAUAGUGAAGAGGCUGAAAAUCUACAUUCAUAUUGCCAUGGUUACAUGACAUGGAUUCUCCUUUGUUGUUAUGUUUUUGUGACAUUUCGUUUUCUAUGGCUGGAUUAUUUAUUUUUAAAUAAAGAUUGAGGUUUUCUCUGUA